AUGGCGUCGCUGCUGGCGCUCACCGUCAUUUCCCUUCUCUUCCUCGCCAUGACACACUUCUCAUGUUCCUUCCUCGACGCGCUGAAAGGCGAGACAUCCGACGGGAAUUCGGAGCACAGAGCUUUGAAUCCAGGGGGCAAAACUUUUGCUCAUCUCCCUUGCAGAAAAGCAUCUUCUCUGCGUGUGAAAGUCGGAUCUUUUUCGCAGAUUCGUUUUGAAAUUCCCGAGCAGGUCGACGACCGCGGUGUCGAUAAGCUUACUUGCUUUGAAGAUCUUGAUCACCACAAGAGAUUUGGUGGAUUUCUGGUUAUUGUACCUUUUCUACUGGACAUGUCCUUUCGCAGCAUAGUCCGUGAUGUUAGGGAAAGCUUUGGUAGCUUAUCAAGACGGAGCUUUGAGGUCAGGAUUUCCGGUUUGCCUGGUCAUCAUAGAGGGAAAUCUGUUGGAUCUCUGAGCGACAGACCUGUAGUAGUUGAUCAAAGCAGGUGGGUUGGUCUUCCUCCUGAAUUGCUCCGAGAUGUAAUGAAAAGGCUUGAGGAAGGGGAGAGCAAUUGGCCAUCCCGAAAAAAUGUUGUUGCUUGUGCAGCAGUCUGUGGAACAUGGAGAGAGAUAUGCAAGGAUAUAGUGCUGAGUCCGGAGUUUUGCGGGAAGCUCACUUUUCCAGUAUCACUUAAACAGCCGGGACCAAGAGAUGGAAUAAUCCAGUGUUUUAUAAAAAGGGACAAAUCAACGUCAACUUAUUAUCUUUACCUAUGUCUUAGCCCUGCUGUCCUCAGCGAGGAUGGGAAAUUUCUGCUAGCAGCUAAGAGGAAUCGCCGUACAACAUAUACUGAGUACAUCAUUUCUGUGGAUCGUAAAAAUAUAUCACGAUCAAGUAAUGGCUAUGUUGGAAAAAUGAGGUCAAAUUUUCUUGGCACUAAAUUCAUCGUGUAUGACACUCAAACUCCACACAAUGCUGGGAGCCUUGUCUCGUCCUCAGCGCUAGACCCUGAAGGCAUGGUGCCUGGCCAACCCAAGCAGCUCUUCGCCCCUGGCUCAUCUUCCUUUGGAGAAUCCUUUCGCAGUGCAAACACCUCUUCCAGCUCAAGGUUCUCAAUUACAGACCGCUCCUUGGACUUCAGCUCCUCGCGCUUCUCAGAGAUAAGCGGAUUGGCUCAGCAAGAUGAGGACAGUGGCCAGGGUAAGGAGAGGCCUUUGGUUCUCCGCAAUAAGGAGCCAAGGUGGCACGAGCAGCUGCAGUGUUGGUGCCUCAACUUCCGUGGUCGGGUGACCGUGGCUUCUGUGAAGAACUUCCAGUUGAUAGCUGCACCACAACUAGAUUCUGAAUCGUCACAGCAAGCUCAGCAGCAAACCCAGCCUUCGAAUUCAUCUUCGGCAUCGGAUCAUGACAAAGUGAUCCUGCAGUUUGGAAAGGUUGCCAAGGACAUGUUCACGAUGGACUACCGGUACCCGCUCUCGGCAUUCCAGGCCUUCACCAUCUGUUUGACCAGCUUCGACAGCAAGCUGGCUUGUGAAUAG